AUGGCGUCCGUCAACUGCUUUAAAAAGGCGGCCAUCGGGAUUGGUACUGUGGCUGCGAUCAACCUUUUCAUCACAGUGCUUUUGCUCAUCCUCUAUGGUACUUUCGAUCAACUUGUUGAUCGCAUGAUCCGCGCGAGCGUCGUCAUAACACCUACAUCUUCCGUCUACUCGAAUUGGGUUUCACCAGACACGCCCAUCUACUUCUCCAUCUAUCUCUUCAAUAUCACUAACAAAGAUGACAUUGAGAAGGGAUCGAAACCGAGGAUCGAACAAAUUGGACCUUAUGUCUACAUGCAACGUCUAACUUUUACUCUGAAUCGAAACCUUUCAGUUGGUGACCCUGACAAAGACAUUGUUAUUGGAAUUAGUAUCCCCUUUGUGACCCUAGCGGCUAAUAUGGACACUGAGACCGGGCUGAGCGCAGACGAGUACGCUCUCAUGACAAUCUUUGUGGAGCCAAAACUCUUUGUCGAGACAACUGUGACCGAGUUCCUUUGGGGCUAUGUGGACCCUAUUACCGACGCCUGCAAUGCCUUCGACUCCAAGAAUUGUCCAUCUCACAAAGUUGGUGUCAUGUUCGGUAAAAAUGGUACUGACGACGGACCUUUUGUGAUUGACACAGGAGUCAACGAUGCUACCAAACUUGGAAAUGUCCUCUCCUAUAAGAAUAAAAGCACUCUUAAUGUGUGGUCCUCCGACGAGGCCAAUCAAAUUAAAGGAACUGAUGGAUCUCAAGUAGCACCGGGUUUGAGAAUGAAUUCGAGGCCAUUCAUUUUUGCUGCCGAUCUUUGCCGAUCUUUUGAAAUGCUAGUGAAUGGAACGGGGAAAUUAACCAACUCCGAUAAAUUAAAGGUCCUUGCUCUGAGUGGCACACCAGAGACUGCACAACCGGCCUCGGUAAAUCCGUCCAACAAGGGCUUCUGCCCACCGUUGACACCCGGUCCCCCUUGUCCGCCAGCUGGCACCUUUGACCUUUCCUCUUGCCGUCGACAGGGGGGUUUGCGACCCCCAAUCUACAGCUCCCAGCCCUAUUUCUUUGGAGCUGAUCCAAAACUUAGAGACGAGGUGGAGGGCCUACCCAUGCCUACGUCUGACAAUGCCUCCACAAAGGUCUUCGUGGAACCGAAACUGGGACUGGUUGUUGAGGCCUACAAACGUCUCCAAAUCACCGUCUACGUGCGUCCUUCGAAAAAAAUGUCUGAACAAUUCAAAAACUGGACGAGGCCGACUUUUGUUCCAACGGUGUGGUUUGAGGAGAAGGCUGUAGCGGGAGCUGACGCCUUGGAAGUGCUCUACACUAAUGCCUACGAAAAACCAAACUAUGGACGCCGAAUUCUUCUCAUCACUAUGCUUGUGUUUGUGAGCCUUCUACUGAUCCUUCUCGUCGCACUUGCCAUCGUCCUUUUUCAAAUCUGCUACCGAAGUCCACGAACCGGUGACAUAAUAAAGUCAGGUGCUGCCAACAGCCCCGGUGUCGGCAUAUUCGACGCUAAAUACACGAAGGUCGCGCCCACUAAUCCCAACUAG